AUGGAGCAAUCAAAAAUUUUAAUUAUGGAAGAUUUAAUUGGUGCUAUUAAUAAGCUUCAGGAUAUUUUUAAUACUUUAAAAAUCAAAAAUUUUGUUAAAUUGCCGCAGAUAGUGAUGCUUGGAUCUCAGUUAAUAAAAAAUAAAGAAGAGACUGAAUCAACAGAAUUUAAGGAGUAUGGAGUUUUCCUGCAUUUGCCUGACAAAAAAUUCACUGAUUUUGAUGAGAUCCGGAAAGAGAUUGAAUGUCAAACGGAUAAACUGGCUGGGAAUAAUAAAGGAAUUUGUAAAAAAACAAUUAAUUUGAAAAUUUGCUCCCCUCAUGUUGUGAAUUUGACUCUUGUGGAUUUGCCAGGAAUUACAAAGAUUCCAGUUGGCGAUCAGCCAGAAGAUAUUGAGUCUCAAAUUAAAGAACUUAUCAUGCUAUAUAUAAAGAAUCCAAACUCCAUAAUUUUAAGUGUAAGUCCAGCAAAUGCUGAUCUUGCGACAAGUGAAAGUAUUAAGUAUGCAAAGCAGGUUGACCCAAAAGGACUGCGCACGCUUGCUGUAUUGACAAAACUUGAUAUUAUGGAUAAAGGCACAAAUGCUUGGGAGAUCUUGAGAGGAAAUAGUAUUAAUGUUGAGUUAGGAAUAAUUGGGACUGUAAACAGGUCGCAACAAAAUAAUAAUGAUAAUAAGACAAUUGAUGAGCAGCUAAAAGACGAGAAAAAGUUUUUCAAUAAGAAUUACAAGGAAAUCGCUCAUCAAAAUGGCAUUCCUUAUUUGUCUAAACGGUUGAGUCAAUUACUUAUGCAUCAUAUCAAGAAAUGUCUUCCAGGCUUAAAAAUGGAAAUUAAUGAAGAACUUCAACAAUAUCAAGGAACUAGUAAAUCAUGUGGAGAAACAAUUAAAGACCGUGAUUUGUUCAUUAUCAAAAUUGUCACACAAAUUUCCAAAAAAAUUGAGUCCAUUAUUGAAGGAACAACAAUGCAGAAGUUUAGUGGCUUACAAAACUUAAUUGGUGGUCCAAAGUACCGUAAAAUUUUUGAUGAUUCGUUCAAUACAACUUUAAAGAAUAUAAAUCCUGAAUGGACCAAGGAAGAAAUUGUUAAUUACAUCCUAAAUUUUGGAGGUCCGAGACCACUCGUUUUUUCAACAGAUUUUAUUUUUUUGGGGCUCAUUAAAAUAGAUGUCGAGCGUUUACGUGCACCAUCACUUGAUUGUGUUCAAAACAGUCACGAUGAAAUGGAAAAAAUAAUAAUGGAAACAAUUAAGGAACAACAAGAACUCCAACGUUUUCCAAUUUUAGAAAGAAAAAUUCAAUUUCAUCUAAAAAACCUCGUCAAUAAUCAAUUGUCAAUUGCCCAAAAUUCAGUUAUUGAGCUUAUUAAUACUGAAUUGUCAUCAGUCAAUACAAACCAUCCAGAUUUCUCAAUUAAAGAUGCUUUCAAAAAUAUGGUUAAUCCGGAAGAAUCAAUUGUUUAUCCAGUUUUCGAGAAUACACAAAAUAACUUUAAAUUCAGCAUACCAAACAAUUCACAACAGCAAUUGUCUGGAUUUUCACUUGGUUCACCGCAAACUAACAUCAAACCUACCACCAACUUUACUGAAACUUUUAAAGAAACAACAUCUGGCAACCUUAUGAACAAAAAAACUGAAACAGAAGCAAAGAUUAUUUAUAAUCUGAUCCAUAACUACUUUCCAAUUGUCAAGAAAACCGUUCAAGAUCAAAUUCCAAAGAUCGUCAUGUUCAAAAUUAUCAAUCAUAUGAAAGACAACAUGCAAAAUGAGUUGUUACACAAACUAUUGAAAGAAAACGAAGUUGAUUUACUUAAAGAGUCCAAAAAAUAUGAACAAUUACGUAAGAAUGCAGAAAUGAUGAUUGAAGCGUUAAAAGCAGCUAAAAAAGCUAUAGAUGAUAUCGAAAUAAGGCAAUAA